CGUCCAAAUUCAAUCCCUACCACUCUCAUCUAAAUUAUAUUCCUUCCAUGUUUUCAAUCUCGUCUCUCUCUCUCUCUCUCUCUCUCACCCUUCAAGAAUCAUAAUACUUGUAUUCCUAUUAGCCACGAGAAAACUCCCUCCCUCUCCAUCUCUCUCUUAAUUUUAGGUUCUUGGAGCUUAUUAUAGCUUUGUGAUAUGAAAUUUGGCUUUUGUCCUUGCAAGCAGGAGGUCCCUCUUUGUGUCAGAAGAAAAUCCUAACUUCUCCAAAUUCUUAUUUGUCCUUGUUCCAUUACUCAUGUCCAAAAAGUGACUUGUGUCAGAGUUAGUUGGUACUAGGAUACCAUUACUAACACAAAACCAUAUCUAUAUAUCUCUCUGUCUCUUCACUCUCCUUUUCAUUUCCUCUUCAAAACCCUAGUUUCUUCUCUCUAUUGCAGGUAUGAGUUCCAAAUCCAAUACUAAAACAAGAUUUGCUCGUGGAUUUCUUAUAUCCCUCUCCAAGAUAAGAACUGGUAACAGAAUUGGCCCAGUUAGUGAUGGGGAAAUCCGUAGACGGAGCCGUAGAAUAAAGAUUGCUGCUUAUUCAUCAAUGGCUCGUGCAGUUGGAUCGAGAAGAGCUUGGAGUCGAGCUUUUCUUUUGAAGGUAAGAAACCGGGCCAGGUUUCGUGGAAUUUUGAAGAAUAGAAAGAUGGGAUUAAAGAAAAAGAAAAGGGUUACCAAAAGCAAUAAUAAGGUCACAAGAGAAAUUAGCAAGACCGAUAUGCUUCGAAAGCUUGUUCCUGGUGGGGCGGCCAUGGAUAUUUGUGGGUUAUUGGAGGAAACUGCACAUUACAUGGAAUGUCUUCAAACUCAGGUUGAAGUGAUGCAAAAUAUUGUGGAUCAUUGUUCCAAACGGUAAUUCAAAUACAACUUAUAAUAUAUACAACGAUAAAACAAGAAUAAAAAAGAGAAAACACCGGUUUAUACAGAGGAAGUAAAGAUCAAGAUUAGGGGUGGUAACUGGUGAGUGUCAAUCUAUACAUAAAUAUGAAUAUACACUUGUUUAGAUCAGUCAACUUAAACCCAACAAUAUAUAUAUAUUUCUGUUUUGUAUUGUACAUAGAUACUCUGACAGAUCUAAUCCUAUUUGUAUUAUUUCUACAUAUAGAUUCUCUGAUGAUAAUUGUGAUGCAGGUUGGUGUACACAUAACAGAGACCACCAUUGUUUUUCUUAGUAUAUGGGGAAUCCUUGUAAGAAAACGUUUAUCA